AUGGACCGUGAAGCCUGUACAAGCCACAAUGUCCUUGAGAGGAUUCUGCUCGAUGAAAGCGCAGAGCCCACAAACCUGCCGUUAUCACUUUUGGAAGACAUCACAAAUUGUUUCUCCCUUGAUCACCAAAUUGGCAGCGGCGGAUUUGCGGUGGUUUAUAAGGGAGUGGUCGGGAAAGGUACGGUUGCUGUGAAGAAGCUGUCAAACACGUAUGGUGUUCAUGAGAAUAAAUUCCAGGAAGAGAUUAAGUGCCUGAUAAAGGCCAAGCACAAGAAUAUUGUACGGUUUCUGGGGUAUUGCGCUGACGCGCAAGGUAAAAUGAAAGAGUACGAGGGGAAUCUUGUCAUGGCAGAGGAACGAAACUGGCUGCUAUGUUUUGAUUAUGCAUGCAACGGGAGUCUCGAUAGACACAUUACCGAUGCAACUUGUGGACUUAAUUGGAGGAAGCGGUAUCAAAUAAUCAGGGGGGUGUCUACAGGUUUAGUUUUUCUCCGUGAGAAGGGUAUUCUUCACUUGGACUUGAAGCCGGCUAAUAUAUUGCUAGACAGUCACAUGGUACCCAAAAUUGCUGAUUUUGGUCUAUCAAGAUGCCUUAGUCAAGCACAAACCUGUGCUAUUACUCAAAAUAUAUUUGGAACAAAAGGAUAUAUGGAUCCAGAAUACAUCAGAUCAGGCCAAAUUGGAUUCGCGUCAGAUGUAUAUAGCCUUGGCGUUAUAAUCAUGGAGAUACUGACAGGAGCAAGGAGGUAUUGCAAAGAUGAGCAUGAGUCGGAAGAUGGAUGGAUCGAUUGGGGGUAUCAGAGGGGGACAUGCAAUUAG